AUGGAAUACAAGCCACGACACUUUUGCAGUGUCCCACCAGUCGGUCAGGGUCACACCAUUUUUGCCCUGUCAUCAGGCCGUGGAAAAUGCGGUGUUGCUGUCAUCCGUGUCAGCGGCCCAGCUUCUGCAUUUUGCCUAAGUCAACUGACUAGAAUGAAGCAGGGACUUCCACCUCCUAGAACUGCUGUUCUGCAUAGCAUUUCGGACCCCAACUCUGGGGAGGUCCUGGACCGAGGGCUGCUGUUAUGGUUUCCAGGUCCACAGAGCUUCACAGGAGAGGACUGUGCUGAAUUCCAUGUGCAUGGUGGCCCAGCGGUAAUAAGUGCCAUCCUGCAAGCCUUAGGAAGCUUGCCUGGCCUUCGUCCUGCAGAAGCCGGAGAGUUUACUCAACGGGCAUUUCAAGCUGGAAAGUUGGAUCUGACUGAGGUAGAAGGACUUGGGGAUCUGAUUCAUGCAGAGACAGAGGCCCAGAGAAGGCAAGCUCUCAGACAAAUGGCAGGAGACCUGGGACAAAUUUACCAGACUUGGAGUCAUACACUUACUCGGGCCCUGGCUCAUUUAGAAGCUUUCAUUGACUUCAGUGAAGAGGAGAAUAUUGAAGAUGGUGUUUUAAACCAAGUUGACAACUUCGUUAGGCAACUCCAGAUGGAGAUCAGCUCUCAUUUACACGAUAACCGUCGAGGUGAACGUCUGCGCAGUGGAGUGCAUGUUGUUAUUGCAGGAGAGGCCAAUGCUGGCAAAAGCAGUCUUCUGAAUGCCAUUUGUCAGAGACCAGCAGCCAUUGUUUCUCCUAUUGCUGGUACAACAAGGGAUGUUGUGGAGACAGCAUUAGACAUUGGUGGAUUCCCUGUCCUUCUGAGUGAUACGGCGGGCCUGAGGGAUACCCACGAUAUUAUAGAGAAAGAGGGAGUGAGACGUACACGAGAGAGGCUGGAGCAAGCAGACCUGACAGUGGCAUUAUUAGAUGUAGUGGGGCUGCUUGAGGCCUCCAACAAGUUAGCCCACCUUUUAUUCAGUUUCCUGGAGGACUUGAAUGUCCGCCAGAAGCAGUGCAUUCUAGUCCUAAAUAAAAUUGACUUGCUGAACAAAAAGGAAUUGAACUAUCUGCAUUGUGCGGUGAAAAAGGAAGAAGAUCUGCCCACUGUGUGCUGGCUGUCUUGCAAAACAGGCAGCGGCAUCGAGGAGUUUCUUAGAGUUCUUCGAGCAGAGCUGGAGAUAUUGUGUGGAAACCCACUGUUAGGAAUGCCCAGCCUGACACAGGCUCGACAUCGCUCUCACUUGCACAAGUGUCUGGAAGCUCUGGGUCUUUAUGAAUAUUAUAAGGAGACUGACAUGGCCUUGGCAGCAGAGGGGCUUCGUUCUGCCCUUGCCAGCCUUGGAAGAAUCACCGGGAAAGUGGGCGCUGAGGAGAUUUUGAAUCUGAUAUUCAGAGAUUUCUGUAUUGGUAAAUAA